GUUCAAGCAAAAAUAAAAAUAAAAAAAUGACAGAACUUGAAUCAAAAUUUUCAUUUUUGAUGCUGCUGAUCUUCUUGUGGGCAAGUGGGGUUGAAUCGAAGUGUAGCAAAGGAUGUGAUCUUGCUUUAGCUUCAUACUACAUAUGGGAUGGAACAAAUUUAACGUUCAUAGCAGAUAUGUUUGAUACUUCUAUAGAGAACAUCCUAAGCUUCAAUCUCGAUGUGCCUGACAAAGACAAAGUCCAUUUUGGUUCAAGAAUCAAUGUUCCCUUCAACUGCAACUGCAUAGAGAAACAAUUUCUUGGUCACAGUUUUCCAUACCAUAUAAGGACUGGUGACAGUUACGGAAAGAUUGGUGGGACAUACUAUGCAAAUCUCACCACAGUUGAGUGGCUGAGCAAUUCUAAUAAUUUCAAUCCGAAUAAUAUCCCGGAUGUUGAUACGACGAUAAACGUUAUUGUGAAUUGUUCUUGUGGAGACAAGAAAGUUUCGAAGGAGUAUGGGUUGUUUGUGACUUACCCUCUUAGCCCUGGUGAGAAUUUGACUAGCAUUGCUAAUGCGUCUGGCGUUUCUCCAGAGUUGUUGCAGAGGUACAAUCCCCAUUCGAAUUUUAGCAGUGGAAGUGGUUUGGUUUUCAUUCCUGGAAAAGAUCAAACUGGAAACUUUCCGAGAUUAAAGAUAAGCACAGGUGGAAUUUCUAGAGGAGUUAUAGCUGGCAUAUCUGCAGGAGUUGCUGGGGCUCUAUUUCUGGCAUUUUGUCUAUAUGCUGGGCUUUAUAGGAGGAAAAAGAGCAGGGAAGUGUCAUUUCUCCCAGGAGCAACAGCAGAGCAUGGUUCCAAAAGUACUUCGCGAAAAACUUCAGAAACAACUGGACUUAUUGCUUCUUCUGGGCUCACAAGCAUUACUGUGGACAAAUCAGUGGAGUUCUCUUAUGAAGAGCUUGCCAGGGCUACUAAUGACUUCAGCAUGGCUAACAAGAUUGGACAAGGCGGCUUUGGUGCUGUUUACUAUGCAGAACUGAGAGGCGAGAAAGCUGCAAUCAAGAAGAUGCAAAUGCAAGCAUCAAAAGAAUUUUAUGCUGAACUGAAGAUUUUGACAAAUGUUCAUCACUUGAACCUGGUGCGCCUAUUAGGAUAUUGUGCUGAGGGCUCCUUGUUUUUGGUCUAUGAGUUCAUUGAGAAUGGCAAUCUAAGUCAGCAUUUACAAGGAUCAGAGAAGGAGCCAUUGCCGUGGUCAACUAGAAUGCAAAUUGCCUUUGAUUCAGCUACUGGACUUGAAUAUAUCCAUGAACAUACUGUUCCUGUCUACAUUCAUCGCGAUAUCAAAUCAGCAAACAUAUUAAUAGACAAAAACUUCCGGGCAAAGGUAGCUGAUUUUGGGUUAACCAAACUGAUUGAUUUCGAAAGCGAGUUAUCACACACGGAACACCCCAUGGGUACAUUUGGAUACAUGCCUCCUGAGUAUAUGCGAUUCGGCGAGGUUUCUCCCAAGGUAGAUGUGUAUGCUUUUGGAGUUGUUCUCUAUGAAAUUAUCUCUGCCAAGGGAGCUGUUGUGAGAACUGAAGGCAUUACUGAAGCUACAGGACUUGUUGCAUUGUUUGAAGAUGUUCUGAGUCAGCCUGAUCCAAGAGAAGAUCUUGAGAAACUAGUCGACCCGAGGCUUGGUGAUAAUUACCCUUUUGAUUCUGUCCUCAAGAUGGCUGAGCUUGGCAGGGCUUGUACAAAAGAAGAUCCUCAAGUGAGGCCAAGCAUGAGGGAAAUUGUGGUUGCUCUUACAACACUUUCAUCUGAAACAAAGGAAUGGAAUGUCAGCGGAUUCCAUGGAAAUAAAGCUCUGCUCAAUCUAAUGUCAGGAAAGUAGCAGUUUGAGCUGCAGUGCUUGGCAGUGGUGCCUUGUUUAAGUGCCCACACGAUGAAAAUUCUAAUCAAUUUGUUACAUGAUAAUUUUGAUGUUCAAUUUUUCAUUGUAAUUCUUUUCCAAUGAAGAUGAAUUUAGUGUAUGGAAACACAGAAAAUUCUCUCUAUAGACCUCUGACAGUAGGAAAAUAUAUUGUAAUAUUAGGAUUUAGCGUUUAUCAGCAGGCUAAGAGCUUAAAGCUCUUACCCAGGAUGCAACUUUAUUUUCAUAUUCCAUCAAUGAGACAAUGACAUUGACAGCGCAAAGCCCACAUUUAACAGUUGCCGGAUAUGUGUUGGCCGGGUAAGCACCGAAGUCAUGUUAGAAUCCUACAUCAGAUCUCACACCCAUCAAGUAAGGUACUUAAGUUUAAGGGCUCUCCCACUUAUCAUAUUGGUCUUUUAGGUUGGACUUUCUCUUGAACUUGAGUUUUAACAUUAGUAUUCUUGUUGAGAGUUAAGUUGCGAAAACGGUUACAGAUAGGGUAGAUUAAGGUAUAAUGUGCUCUCCAUCGGAGGUGAUGUUGCAUCGAAUAAAUGAUAGGUGAAUGAAGCCACCCAAAAGGGGAAAGGGCUUUUGUCAGGUCGAUGAUGAUAGAGUGAAAGUCGUUAUAGACGUCGACUUUUGAAGAGAAUGCAAUGCUAGGAUCUCACAUUCACCAAGUGUGAUACUUAAGCUUAGGGGCUCUCCCACCUAUCAAGCCAAUCGUUUACGUUCGGUUCUCUCUUGGACUUGAGUUUUAACAUAUCACGUAGAUGGAGUCUCUUCAUGGGAAAUUCAUGACCCCAUAAUGUCAACACAGAAAUCAGGAGAAAAUAAAAGAAACAAAAACUUCAAGCCAUUGUUGCAGCUACAGCAUGAACAAAUUGGGCAGCUGAUUUAACAGAAGUAACUACUUCUAUUCAGGUAGUUGGAUUAGGUAUCUAUCAAUUAUAUACUGUUCUUAUUAUUCUUUAUUUCUUUUAUCUGAAUUGAUGGGCGGCAAUAUCAGGAAAGACCUUUACUUAAUUUCUGGUUCAUCUUUUGUGUUUUGUUGAAUUCAGCAGACACCUAAAGAAACCAAGUAGAAUACAAGCCAAGUAAAGAAAGCUUCUUCUACAUACAAACAAUUGCAGAAAGUCCAAAUUUUUUUUGGCUGUUUCCAUUGAUGAACAGUAAACUUCCAAAUCACAAGUCUACUCCACCUUCUGAUUAAAUAUUAUUAUUGAGGAAGAAACUGGAAUGGCGGUUGAACUAAAAACAUUUUGUGUCACAUCCUGAUAAGCUGGAAGCCAUAACAAUAUCUUCCUUGCUUUGCCCUCCAUUGAUAAUAUCUUCUACAGUGUUUUAUUUUUCUUUCACAUUUUCCAGUUUUAAAACACCCAUUAUAAGAUCCAAUCCAAUCGAUU